UCCAAAUUAUUGGAAACGACUACAAAUAUUCUGCAUGAGAAGAUCUUCAUUAGCUCUACACGACUUGAAUCCAACGGACGUACAGUCAAAUUGUUUGCUGAAGAAGUUCAAACUGUUACAGUAUUCCACGGUAAUCAUGAGGAUGGCAUUCCUUCGGAGCAUCUUGUUAUUACUUUCGGCUACCGCACUGGUUCAUGCUGCAACAUAUUCGGCGAACCUAUCUGCUAAGCUAAAACCUCUGACCCCGAUAAAGGGAACGAACAUCUUCUUGAACACCCCAUACAAAUGGCAUGAUUACACUAAACCAGGUUGCUAUGCGACAUGGUUUACGGAAACUUACCAGGACUGGUCGGGCAAAUUCAAAGGAGUUAGCAUGGUCUGCAAUGCAGAAGAUCAGAAGUGGUACAAUACAACGGAUGCGGAUUGGAUUUUUGAGCGGACACAAGGAGAGGAAUCGAUGACUGAAUACGAUGGAACGGUUAAAAUUCGAAACGUUGGAGCAGCGGACACUCUAGAGACCUGGAAAAGUGCUGGAACAUGGUGGGUGGGCAUUGCAUCCUAUGGUGCCAAUCCAGGCGAAGAUAUGUGGAAUGUUCGAAGCGAUUCCGAUGAUAUGAACCAUUUGCAGCUCGAAAUUCAAAAUUGGUAUCUGGCCCAACAUCUGACCAAGAAUCAUCGAGCUUACGUUUAUUUGGAAAGUGGCAAUAAGGCAGGAUUUCCAUACUCAUUUGUUCCCGCCAUCAGCCUUGACGCUAGCAUGUAUGAUUUUGUAUUCGUUCAGCCACUAGAAGACGAGCUCGCAAGACGUACAAGCAAGAAAGAUUUGAUCGACUCAUACGUAAUAAAUAACGAGAGUCCCGGCACCAUAAGCCGAAUAGUUAAAGUGUCCGAGAAAGUGACAAACGAAUUCUCUUGGGGCUUGUCACAGUCGUUGAAGGUAUUUUCUAAGGUUACCGGCAAAGCAGGCAUACCGUUCCUCGCUGAAGGUGAAGUAGAAACUGGUUUUGAAAUUGAUGUUGCGGCCAAUCAGAACUGGAAAAACUCCGUUGAAAAAACGUUUGAAAUGAGUUAUGACGUCCAGGUGCCGAAGGACACGCGAGUCACAGUGUCGGCAUGGUAUGAUCUGAUUAAAGGCAUUAGCAUGGACUACACAGCAACAGCCAGGAUAACCGGCAGUACAGCCAGAGUAACGAUUUUUAAUGACAUAGUCAGGGAUACGUCGGCUACCGGUGAAAUGAUUCGAAAUCAUCUGGCCUAUUCGAAUUUUGACGGGGAAAUCGUUUCUGUGGAAGAGAAAAGUGUCAUCGUACGGGUCAAAGGCACACUGGUUGCAUCAGUGGGCGUGCGAGGUCGAUUGAACGUAAAUGGCGAGACUGUGCUCAAGGCGAACGAUUGGGUUUGGUAGAAUACACCAGUCGUAAGCGUUGAGUGUCUACUUCUGCCAUUGAAUCCAAUCAUUCAAUUACUAAUUUCAUUAGACUUUGAAUAAUUUAUUGGACACAUGUCGAAUAAAUCUGUGCACAAUUUAA